CCGUAGUCGUAAAAAAAAAAAAAAUAAUUAACAAGCCCAAGUGGCAGUAGUGUGGGAGGGCAGGUAGGCAGGCAGGUAGCCUCACCGCAGCAGCGCAACCCCAACUUCAAUGGCGUCGUCGGCACUAAUGGCUUCCUCUUCUACCGAAAGCCUUGUUCUUCCCUGCUUAUCAACACCAACACCAACACCAUCAAGAAGAAGACGAAGAACAAUUACCAUGACUACUUCUCCUAAUGCUACUGCAUUCUCCUUCUUCCCCUCCACCAUUCUCACAAUCAGACCCAGACACACUCCCUUCUCAUCGGCCCUCUCUACCUUCUCCUCCUCCUCCUCCUCCCUAAUUCGUAUGGUUUCAGCAUCAGCCGCGCCGAGGAAUACAAACCCUAGCACUCAUGAUGAUAAAACAAAGAAGCAAUCAGAAGAAGAAGUAGUAGUAGAAGAAGAAGAAGAACAACAAGAGGUGGAAGAGGACUUGCCAUGGAUUCAGGAGAAAGCGCUGGACCUAGUGGAGUUCACUGGCUCAGUCACGCAGGCGAUUCCGGGUCCCCGAGUUGGCCGCAGCUCCUUGCCGUGGAUUCUCGCACUUCCUUUGGCUUACGUUGGAAUCUCCUUCGUCAUCGCCUUCGUCAAGACCGUCCGCAAGUUCAAUUCCCCCAAGGAGAUUCGUCGCAAAUUGGUCAAUAAGAAUGCUAUGAUUUGCAAAUCGAUAGACGAGUUACUUGAAAAAGGAAGUGAUGGAGUAGAACAAUCGGAUUUGAUGGGACUAAUGCAAAAGACAGAUUUUGGCAUGGAGGAGAUUUUGCGCAAAUACAUUCGUUAUGCAUUGAAUGAGAAGCCCUUCAACCCAAACUUGGUUGCAAACCUGAUCCAGCUGAGGAAAGCUUCUUCGUUGGAUGAUUCUCAAGUUGCUGAAAUUUUAAAUGAUAUCUCAAGACGGAUUGUUAAAGACAAAGGCAAUUCAUUGUAUUAUUGUCCGGUUGUGAUGGAUAUAUCGGGAUAUUCUGAGAAGGGUUUCAAGAGAAAACUUGCUGUGCAAGCUCUUUUUGGGAAGGUCUAUUAUCUAUCUGAGGUAAGGGGCUUAAUGGCCAAAGUCGUGACCUUCUCCACUGCUAUGUUCCUUUCAUAUUUUGUAUAUUACAUUUUUGAACUUGAGAACAUAGUUCACUUGCUAUGUUAUUUUCAACAAAAAUUUCUCUGUUUUUGUCUUAGAUUGAAAAAGCAAUUAAUGGGAAACUUGUAGCUAUCUGUUAUCUGUUGAAAGCUCGUAAUAAAUUGAAAAUAAUUUAUCAUAAUGCUCAAUGGAUGUUGUUGCUAGUAAUAGUAGCCCAAAACAACCACUAUCUAUUAAGUUUGAGUUAUUUUAUUAAUCAAGCAGCGGCUUAUCUUGUUUAACCCCAUCUGUCUUUGAUUCAAUUCUUAAGGAAUAUGUAAACCAGCUAUCAGAACUCGCCAUAUUUUCAAGCUGGUUUCCUAAACAUUCGUACCUAAUUUUUUAUUGUAACUAAGUUUUCGUUAUAACUAUCUUAGGCUAAAAAUUGUCUAUCAAAUAAAUAAAUAAAGCCAUAUUUUUAAUAUGGUCUUUUGAGGUUUGAAGAGCUAAGAAAUGUUUAAUCUGCCAUUGGGGUCUGGUCAACUGUUCUUGACGUAGAAGAAUAAAUGCCUUAAUUGUCAGAAUGAGUCUUAUGCUUAUGUGUUAUCAGUUUGUAAAUGUCUAGUUAGUGAUUUAAGUGUCCUAUUACUUUUAGUUGUAGUCUAUAAAUGGGUGAUAUAACAUCUAUUGUACUUAGUUUUUAAUUAAAGAACAUAGAUUUUGAUUGAGCUAAGUGCUCUGGUUUUUCUCUCUAACCCUAGAGGUUACCCCUUAGUUCGAGGAUAUGUCUUCUGUCUGUUGAUUUGAGAUUUGAUUUGUAUUUUGAUUAAACUAGUC